AUGGAGUCCGAUAUCUUACAAAAAAUACAAAGUGGAGUUUAUCGUACGAUUAAAGUAACAAGAAAGAGCAGAAUAUGGGAUAUUUUCUCAGUAAUAGAAAAUGAAAAUAACGAAAUAAUAAAGGGAAGGGUGUACUGUCGCAAGUGUUGCCGGAUAUUUAAAUAUAAUGGCAAACAGACAUCAAAUUUGAUUAGACACGGAUGUGUUCAAAUGGAACAAUCCCAUAAUGCAUUAAAUGAAUUCAUUAGUUCCGAUAAAGACGAGCUUGAGGAUUGUCGUCCAUUCUCUGAUUGUUCCGUUUCAAAAUCGCCCAUAUCCUUCGAUGAACCUGAUCCUCCCGUUAUAAAUGCUGCACAACCUGCCAAAAGAUCCAGAUACAGCAGCACGACGGAUAUGCAACCGCCUUCACCACUAUUGACUCCGGCUCCACAACCUGUCCCAGUAUACACACCCACUACAAAGCAGGAAUCGCAGCGAUAUAUUCAAACAAACGAACGCGAUGAAUCGGAUGUCUUUGCUGAAGGAUGGGCCAUUAGCUAUCGUAAACUAUCGACGGAACAAAGACUCUAUGCCAAACGUUUAAUUGAUGAAACACUACUGUAUGGCCAGCUGGGACAGUUGUCAAUUGCCACCAGUCUUAACGUGGAUCCGAUAUCAAUUUCGCAGGGUCGUUAUCGCCGGCAAAAGCAAUACAAAGCGACGGACGGAUGUAAUGACAAUGAAAGAUAUUCUGAUGCCUGA